AUACUGAAGAUGGCUAUCCAAAGGAAACUGCUUGAAAAGAUUUAUGCAACUGUUUGAUACUCUUAGUGAUUUUUUUAAGUGACAAACCUGAAAUGAAGUAUCUGUUAACAAUCGAUGGUAAAGCAUUUGUAAGUUAUUUAGCCGAUAUCUCUGAAAAACUAAAUAUAUUAAAUAAGCAACUUCAAGGACCAAAUAAAACACUUGUCGAUGCAAAAGCAAAGAUAUUUGGUUUCAUUACCAAUAUAGAGUUAUAUCAGAAACAUAUUAACAACAAAAACUUUGAACAGUUUCAUUGGCUCCAAAAAUGUGAAGUAACUGAUACCGCUUUACUUGUUAUUGUCAAUCAUUUGAAUAUUCUAUCCGCUGAUUUAAAAGAAAGAUUUUCUGAUUUAAAACAAAUUGAUUUCCCAACAUGGAUGAUGCAGCCAAUAUUAGUGGAUUUGUCUGAUAUAUCAAAUAUGCAGUAUCAAGAAGAACUCGCAGAAUUGCAAAAUGAUGAAUCAGUAAAAACUUUUUUAUUUUUAUUAAUAAGUUAUUUUUGUUUACCUAAGUGUAAAACCAUAUAA